UGGCAGUUGCCCUGUUGCGCUCGCUACACCACCAGCAGUUGUUUAAUCAACCGAUGUCAUGGACGUAUCCCAGGUAAUGUGCGCGGUAGUGCGAUUGUAAUUCAGCCAGUGCGUGCGUCGCGUUGUCCCGGGCCCCGGGAACGCUCCGAGCCUCUCCACUCCAUCGUUCCGCAUCCCCGGCCGAGGAUCCAGCAGCGAAGGAGCUUCCCUUUCGCAGGGGCGGCGGAGUCGAAGUGAAUUUUGGGAUCCACCGUACGUCGCCAGUGUUCUGAAAAGCUCGUUUUGACGAGUGCGCUUCGGGGGAGAGGUCGUGAGGCGAUGCGCUCCUAACCUCAAAAUGUGCUGCUAUCCGUCUUAGGAUACCAAUAGAGGAAUCCAAUCUCCAAUAAUUAAUGACAUUCAAGCCUCUGUACAAUCCGCUGUAUUUUUUUUAAGCGAAGAUAGCAAUUAAUAAGCAAUAUAUGGAUAAUUUCCAAAUGUUUUCAAGUGUAUUUGGAAAAUUUUAAAUAGUGAUUAUCUGUGAAUGAAGUGAUAAAGCAAUGUGCCAAAAAAUUCUUGAGAAAUAGUGAAACUAAUGAAGUGUAGUUGGAAUUCUUAAAAUAAGAAGCAGUUUGUUUUAUUUGACCGACAGUCAUCAAGAUGGGAAACUGCUUUGGAUGUGAAUGUGACGAUGAAAAUGAGAAGCCAGACAGAAUAUGCAAUCCCAGCAUAGAGGCAGUGGCUUCUCAGGUGAGUCCAGUGCCGACACCACCACCAGAUCCUAUUAGACCAAUGCCACAAAUACCUGACACAGAUGUGCCAACAGCCAAGAUCUUUAUUGCUUUGUAUGAAUACGACGCCAGAACGGACGAGGACCUCAGUUUUAGGAAGGGUGAGCACCUGGAAAUACUUAACGAUACCCAGGGUGAUUGGUGGCUAGCUAGGAGUAAAAGGACAAGACAAGAAGGUUAUAUUCCAAGCAACUACGUCGCCAAAUUGAAAUCCAUCGAGGCUGAGCCAUGGUACUUCAAAAAAAUAAAGCGAAUCGAAGCUGAGAAGAAGCUUUUGCUUCCAGAUAAUGAUCAUGGGGCCUUCUUGAUUCGAGAUUCAGAAAGCAGACAGAAUGAUUAUUCACUUUCUGUUCGUGAUGGUGACACGGUAAAACACUACAGAAUCCGACAGCUAGACGAGGGUGGCUUUUUUAUUGCAAGGCGAACGACUUUUAGGAAUCUCCAGGAUCUCGUUGAGUACUAUAGUAAACAAGCCGAUGGUCUGUGCGUUAACUUGUGCAAGCCUUGUGUGCAGGUGGAGAAACCCGUGACCGAGGGACUGAGCCACCGCACCCGAGACCAAUGGGAGAUCGACAGGUCUUCCCUGAAGUUCGUGCGCAAGCUCGGUCAGGGCCAAUUUGGCGAGGUCUGGGAGGGUCUCUGGAAUAACACGACUCUCGUCGCGAUCAAGACUCUCAAACCUGGCACGAUGGACCCCAAGGACUUCCUCGCCGAAGCCCAAAUCAUGAAGAAGCUUCGACACGCGAAGCUCAUUCAGCUCUAUGCCGUUUGCACGAUGGAGGAGCCGAUCUACAUUAUUACGGAGCUCAUGAGGAAUGGAAGUCUGCUCGAAUUUCUUCAAGGAAAGGGCCGAGGAUUGAAGCUCCAACAGCUGAUCGAUAUGUCGGCGCAAAUAGCCGCAGGUAUGGCUUACCUCGAGUCCCAAAACUACAUUCAUCGAGACUUGGCUGCCCGCAACGUUCUAGUCGCGGAUGGUAACGUCGUGAAGAUUGCGGAUUUCGGCUUGGCCAGGCUUAUCAAGGAGGACGAGUACGAGGCCCGGAUCGGGGCGCGUUUCCCCAUUAAAUGGACGGCUCCGGAGGCCGCUAACUACAGCAAAUUCAGUAUCAAAUCCGACGUAUGGUCCUUUGGCAUCCUGCUUACGGAACUCGUUACUUAUGGCCGAAUACCAUACCCUGGUAUGACAAAUGCCGAGGUGCUGCACCAGGUCGAUCAUGGCUACCGCAUGCCCUGUCCACCAGGUUGUCCACCUCCGUUGUACGAUAUAAUGCUCGAAUGCUGGAACAAAGAUCCCAUGAAAAGGCCUACUUUCGAGACCCUUCAAUGGAAACUCGAAGAUUUUUUUACCAUGGAGGGUUCUGAGUAUAAGGACGCAUCGGCUUACUGAGUAAUAGCCAGUGCGAAAUUUCGCAACAUUGACCAGCGUUUUAUGUAAUUGCUGAAAACUAAAAGGAUAAAUCACUUUGGUUGACGAAAAGA